GCGCUCCAGUCCGGACCCGAGCUCGAGCACGGCUGGGAGCGAUAGGCCCCGUCGACCGUGGCUGCUCCAGACGCGCAGUCAGAGCUCCGUGCGAAGGCUGCGAAAACGUGCGCAUGCCACUUUCGGCGUUCAACGUGUGGCGCGCUUGCGUCACGUUGUCGCUCCUCAGGACGACGCUCGCUCAAGAGAGGCGAUCAAACGGAGCGCUGGAUGACCUGGAGAAGCUUGAUGACUUGUUAAGAACCUAUGACCGGCGCGCGCUUCCCACAACGCAUCUAGGGACGCCGACGAAAGUCGCUUGCGAAAUCUACAUACGCAGCUUCGGGUCUAUAAAUCCUGCCACAAUGGACUACGAGGUUGAUCUUUAUUUGCGGCAGACUUGGCAAGACGAUCGCUUGACCAGCCCUAACGUAUCCAGGCCCCUGGAUCUCAACGAUCCAAAGCUUGUGCAGCGGAUAUGGAAACCGGAGGUUUUCUUCGCAAACGCAAAACACGCAGAAUUUCAGUACGUCACAGUACCUAACGUGCUGGUUCGCGUUAACCCGAACGGAAAGAUCCUGUAUAUGCUUAGGCUCAAGUUAAGGUUUGCGUGUAUGAUGGAUUUAUACCGCUUCCCCAUGGACUCCCAAAUUUGCAGCAUCGAGCUCGCAUCAUUCUCCAAAACAACCGAAGAACUUCACCUUGAAUGGUCUGAAUCAAAUCCGAUAAUAUUAUUCGAAGGUCUCAAGCUACCGCAGUUCGAGAUUCAAAAUAUAAAUACGUCGCUCUGCAUGGAGAAAUUCCACAUUGGGGAGUACAGCUGCCUGAAAGCCGACUUCCACUUGCAACGGUCACUAGGCUAUCACAUGGUGCAGUCGUAUCUGCCCACAGUGCUCAUAGUGGUCAUCUCCUGGGUCUCCUUCUGGCUCGACGUAGAAUCUAUUCCGGCGCGCACCACGCUGGGCGUCACGACGCUGCUCACCAUUUCCUCCAAGGGCUCCGGCAUACAGUCCAACUUGCCUCCGGUCUCGUACGUGAAGGCGAUCGACGUGUGGAUGGGAGCCUGCACGGGAUUCGUGUUCUCGGCGCUACUGGAGUUCACCGUUGUCAGCUGCCUGGCGAGGAUGCAGGCACGAGAUAAGGAGUCAAGUAUGGUUACCACAAAGCACGGAGUGGCGAUUGUCAACGCUGUUCCUGAAAACCAGGCGUCGGUGCAGUGCACCGUGCGGGCGAAAACUAUUGACCAGGUCUGCCGAGUAGCGUUUCCGGCCAUCUUCCUUGUCUUCAACGCCAUUUACUGGCCAUACUUUAUGUGCUUCACAGGGUAGAACAUUCCUGAAUACUGUCUCCAGAGGCUCGCCGUGACAUAUUGGCACUGGCAUCAAGAGGUCGUUAAUGGGAGCACUCGUUAAACCACCAACUUCCCUGUUCUUUCCUAAUGACGCGCACGUUCGUUUAGGGAAGGCAAUUGCUCCUACUUUACUAUUAACGAGAGAUCGUGGACUGGACGGCUCCAUCCCACUGGUAGAUUCUGUCAAUUAUCUCAGGUAAGACUAACUAGGAUGCUGCUUCAAUUUCUUAGUCCUAGGAGAAACAUGGUCGGGAUGCCUCGUUAUGUGCGCUAAUGUCCUUUUAAAUACUCAUAAAACUGGUAGUGGUGAUUGUUGAGUUUGCUGUCGUGGACAUUAGGAUCUGUAACGUUUACUGCAAAAUACACGCAAGGCUCAACUGUAGAACGUAGCGUCUUCAUUUAUUUCGUUACCUAAUCCACGAAAAUUAGGUUUCGAGUGGCAGUAAGCACAUAGUUAAAAUGCACCCAGAAAUAAAAUCGCGAUGUGAAUACGGCUGUGUGCUUUUACCUUAUAAUUAGAUUCAGAAUGGUAACAUAAAACAAAUUUAUUAACUUCCUUGGAAUUUACAACGCAGUGAACAAUUUCGGUAAUAGUAUGCUUGUAUUUUUAUGAAUCGUUGUUUCGUUGGCACUUAAUAUCUAUCAAUGUUUGAAGAUGCCGUGUGGAGCGUUUGUUUAAUGCUGCGCAAAGUAUAUAUAAAAGUCUACCAAACGAGUUUUUCUGAAGCCCGCCAAGUGGUGGAAAGUCUUACGCACCGCAGGAGUAAUUUGCUGCAGUCAGUGUCACCCUGCUUUACGUUCUCGAUUAAUUAGCCCUUGUUCUGUGAUCUGAUAUCCACGCUUCUUUACGUCUCGUUUUUCAAGGCUGAAUUAUUAACAAACACUCAAGUUCAUAAGUUGGUUUUCAUUUUGCCUUCACACUACAGUUGACUGAGUUGUUUUUUCUGUCAUAAAAUGUGUCACGAAUGUCAGAGCGAAAAUUAAAUAGCCCUUAUUUGCCUCUAGCAUAAAUAAAUCUAUGCAAAUCUAUGCUAAAUUUCAGAAGAAAAGUUGUUGCUGUUGAUUAUAGCCUCGCGCUUGCUUACCGUAACUUCGAAGCGACAGAAACACGAUGUCAACUUCAUCGCAAGUCCUGUGUUUUCACCAUUUCGGUUUGCCAUGAUGACAUCUUAGGUAUUUCAGCUGCUCCUGAUUUAAAACAAAUACGUGUGGUAAACCUGCACUUCAUCGUAUUCAAAGUUCCAGUGAAUAUCUGUGAGUUGGAACUCGCAGUUUGGGCUUUUAGUCGACUAGCUGAUGCUUCAAGAACUACGAAGUUUUCUUCGUGUCUUUGACUCAUUCUUUGCUGCUUAUCACAUUCACUGUCAUGCAAAAUAUGUUAUUAUUUCAUUUUAUAUUUCAUGUUUCUGGUACGUUGUAAUUUGCAUCUGUUAGUAUUGGGACGAGAGUUCAGCUGAAGUAGACCUGAUGAGAGAAAUUUUUAUUUGCUAUCAUUUGCGUGUUGAGCAUUGCGUGCUGCUUAAAAGUGCUAUCAUCAUAUGCAUGUCUUACAGUCUUUACAAUAAGAAAGAAAUAAAUGGGCAGACAUGGCUUAUUUUUUCCGCAUUAUUGCAGUCUCUGCUUUCUCUACAAGAAAGCUUUAAUAUCUUGAAGUGGUGUAUUUUGUUACUUAAAUGUCAUCUAUGUAGCUGUACGUUUAAAAGAUUCAAGUGAGAUGCCACUGAAACCAAACGACAACAGAGACUUGUGCUUAUCUGAUGUCCUUACUGGCACAGCUUGCAAAUAUGUCUUUUUAUGUUUCUUGACCACUGCGUCCUGAAGCUCCAACGUGAAGCUCAAGUGAGCCUGUGCUUUCUAAAACCACUGUAUAUUUUUGUAAUAAAAUAGUUAAUAA